CGUUAUAUACUGAUGUGAAAAGCUCAGUCCUAACACCGUGGAAAUCCAACUCUGUAAACCCAGUGUCGGCAUACUCUCUCUCAUCAUUUUCUCUCUCUAUAACUUGUUUGUUAUUCGUACCUCGUGUACUCCGCCGCCGGCCGACACGGUGGUUGUGUUUUUUCUUCCACGAUGGCGCUUAUAUCAUACACCAACAGCUACAUUGGCAAAAUAUGUUUUGCUAUGAUGUGGUGGUUCGCGGCUGUGGUGUUUCAGAGUUUGGAGAUCUCCGGUGGGCCGAUUAUGAACUCCGUCAACUCACAUUGGCGUCCGGCCACCGCGACGUGGUACGGCAGUCCAGAAGGCGACGGAAGCGAUGGUGGCGCGUGUGGAUACGGAUCUCUGGUUGAUGUGAAGCCAUUCAGAGCGCGUGUAGGAGCAGUGAGUCCAAUUCUAUUUAAGGCGGGUGAAGGAUGUGGGGCAUGCUAUAAAGUCAAGUGUUUAGAUAAAUCAAUCUGUUCUCGCCGGGCGGUGACCGUUAUUAUCACCGACGAAUGUCCCGGCGGUUACUGCUCCGGCGGAAACACCCAUUUUGACCUCAGCGGCGCCGCCUUCGGUCGCAUGGCGGUUUCCGGCGAUCACAACCAGCUCCGCAACCGCGGCGUACUGAACAUCGUUUAUCGCCGGACACCAUGCAAAUAUCCAGGAAGAAACAUUGCAUUUCAUGUAAACGAAGGAUCUACAAAUUAUUGGCUUUCACUUCUGGUCGAAUUCGAAGGUGGAGAUGGAGAUGUUGGAUCGAUGCAUAUCAGAGAGGCCAGGUCAACAGAGUGGCUAGAAAUGAGCCAUGUUUGGGGAGCGAACUGGGUGAUAGUUCGAGGACCUCUCAGAGGACCAUUUUCCGUCAAACUCACCACCCUGUCCACCAAAAGGACUCUGUCAGCAAGGGAUGUGAUUCCCGGAAAUUGGGCAGUCAAAGCCACUUAUACGUCCCGUCUUAACUUUUCCCCUUAACUGUUAACAGUAUUAACAUUCGUCGAAAGGUUCAAAAGUUUGGUUCCGAAAAAUAUAUAUGUUUUUACUUUUUACCCCUUUUAAUUUUGACAUUCCUAAAUAAGAAGAAAGCAAAAAAUACCCAAAUCACCUAUUCCAUCGCAAGGUCAAAAGGGUAAUUUUAAGCUAAGACCUAUCACAUCAAAUGGAGCCGUUAUAUCAGUUGGUGUUUUUUGGUGAUGGAGAAGGGAAAGAAGUAACCGUUGGGAGUGGGUAUCCGUUUGGCUUUCUGUGGUAUUUAAUUAUAUAAUAUAUAAAAUAUAAGAUAUAGUGUUGUUAUUUGUUAAGUCAAGUGGUUGUUUUGUAAUUUAGUGUCUGUUUGAGGGUAUUUUGCAGCCCCUCUCCAAAGGGAGAGUGAGCGCGCCUUUUUUUUUCUUUGUUUUUUUUGGGAUUAAUAUAUGUAAACGCUUUUAGGGUGUGAGGACCUUUUGGUCUUUUUAUGUAGGCGUGGUGGGUUGGGUUUGGCCUUUUGUAUGGUUUGUUGAUUAUAUAAUUUGUUGUGGCAUGUUGGAUUAAAUGGAACCUUU